UUGUUUGUUUGUUUGUUUGUUUGUUUUCCAAAUCCCCUUUGAAGAAAUACUUGUCUUGGGGCCUUGGCUCCUCAUUUGUUAAGUGAGGACUCUGUGAUUUCUGAGGUUCUUUUCCAUUCAAAACAUCCAUAAUAUUUUGGAAGUUUGGAACUUGGUUUGCUAUUAGAGCCUUGGGCAGCUCCACCCACCCCCUGUCAAUCAGUAGAUUAUAUAAAAGAGAUAUUUGGCAAGGAUAGUGUCAUAGACAGAUAGGCAUUAUAUCAGGUGCUGCAGGAAAGUCAAAUGAGUUAAGGACAAAGUUUGAGGGUCAUUCUCAGUAAUUAAGAAAUUGCUGACCAUGAUAUGAAUGGUUUCGGCAGAAUAAUAGAUCAGACUGAGUCCUAUUGGGUUAAAGAUUGAAUUAGUGUAGACAUUGCCUAUUCCUUUCAGACCCUUUGGUCUUUAGGCAGUAUUAAAAUGGGAAAAUGCAAAAGCUUAGCCAUCAUGACUACUAAGGAAAGUAGUCAAGACUUCCUUUCCUAUGCUUGUUCCAAGAUACGUGAAUUUCCUUUAGGUAAUUUAUGUAGCAUCUGUAUUGAUACGUGUAUCAGAUAAUGAAUGGUCAAGUAUUAUGUGAUUCAAUUGGGACAGAUAAUCAGCAUAGUUUAUGAAUCAUUUAAUAUUGCUUAGUUUCCACUUCAGAAAAAGAUUUCUUCCCUAGCAGGUGGAAAAAAAAAAAAACUCCUAUAUUUUUGUGAAGAGUAAAUUGAUAUCCCUGUGUGUUCUUACUGCUAGGAAUUGUGUCAAAAAGCAUGGGAAUUUGACUAAUUGGCCUCUUAAAGAAGAUAUUAAUGCUGCUUUAUCUAAAUGAGCAGAAUAUGGAGCAAACUGGAUAAAUUUUACUUAAACUGGUUGUCCCAAUCUUUAUAAUCUCUUGUCAAACCUAAUACACAAAUUAAGCCUACCUUAUUUUAGGGCUUCUGACUAAUACCUGUUAUAUUCUUUUAUGGAAGAAACAACCACAUGGUAUAGAGCAGUUUUUAACCCGAGGUUCUGGUAUGGGCUCUUCAGAGUCCGUGUUCUUGAAAUUGUAUGGAACAGUUUUGUAUGUGUGUUUUUUUCUGGGGAUGGAUCCAUGACCCAAAAAAGAAAAGAACUUCUAUUCUGGAGAGGAAAAGGAAAAGGAAUAUUUAAGAAUAAAAAGCUUUCUCACUUGCCAAACCUCCCCUGUAGCGCUAAGAACUGGGGGAGUGUGAUGCAAGGGCUAUAUUUUUGGUUUGAGUUUUGUUUUGUUAGGGUUUAGGGUUGGCUGGUUUUAAAGGAUUAAGUGAUUGGCAAAUCAGUUUGCCAGAUUUUGAUGUAUAGAAAACAGGUAGUAAAUAGGUAGUAAAACUUCUGCUGGCCCCAGAUAGAUUUUGCCUUACGUGACUUCCUAAUCAUUAGUUCUAGCUCGGUGUAAUUUACAUCUCUAUGUAGGAAUUUAUGCUGUAUUCAUAAUACCCCUCUUACUGUGUGCAGAAAUGUGUUUAUUUAUUUAUUCUCCUACUUGGAGUUUUAUUUUAUUUUAUUUUCUACCUUUUGUGCUCACAGUAAGAAACUAAAACUAAUUAAAGACAUAUUGAGUCUCUCCAAAAGAUAUUGAAAUAAAUUCAAUGGGUUUGUUGUUGUUGUUGUUGCCUCAUUAAGAGCAACUAGUUGUAACAGUUACAAUAAAGCGGUAACUUUAAAGGAAGAAGAUUAAUGUAUUUCACAAAGACUUUUGCUUUAAAAAUCCACAUCUGCUAAGGCUGAGGUAUUGUUUUUAAUUCUUUUAUAAACAGCUAGUCAUUGGAGAUUUGCCCCCAGUGUAAUUUCCUCUAUCUCUUGUGAAAUAUGAUAUGUGAUUCUUAAGACUCUGACUGCAAAUAAGUAUAUUCUUUAUGGAAUCAUUUGGGUUAAAAAAAAAAGCUAAAAUUUAUCAUAUUUAGUUUGCAGAGGUUUAAGAUCAUCUAUGUAAUCCAUUUCUAGUGUGGCCAGUUUGACAGCUACAUUUGAAAAUCUGUUUCACGGCUUGUUUUUUCUUAUAACAUUGUUUCCUGCUGUUAUAACUAAGCUAUCCUGCCCUGCGGUUUGACUUUUUCAUCUGACAUCUUAGGCUGAUCAUGCCAGUGUUUUCUGGACAACACAUUUAUGUAGCUAUUAUGCUACACAUUUCCAUUCCUCCUUAUUAUAGACCCUGUUCCACCUGUAGUCAGUUCUGUUAGAACAGUGGUUUUGUCACGGUGAUUAUGUUUCGAUUGGAUAAAAUGGGGCAAAUUUUGAGAAAACGAGCCAGUAGCAGAAUUGGUUGGCAUAUGCCCAUAUGAUUUAUUUAGUUGGCUUCCUGCUUUGCCAUACCAGGGAAAAAUUCAAUUCCUCCCACUUCCUGAAAGUCAAAGGAGGGAUUGAAGGACACUGAAGCGAAAGAAACCUUAUUUUUACCCCCAAAGUAGCUUAUAUAAUGUCAGGAAGGGCUUUGACGAAACCACUGGCCCUACUUAUAGAUCUUAUUUUCCAAGCCUUUCAUUAUUUUAUUUGCCCUUUUCUGAACUCUACAAUUUCCCUCUCUUGUAGCUGGUUCGAUGCCCAGAACUGAAUGCUGUGCUCCAGCUGUGGCCUCACCGGUGCUGAAUAGAGAGGAAGAGCCACCUUCAUAGCUUACAUGAGCUGGAGUCAGAUGGCAGCACUAUGGAGGAGUAUUCACAGGAGGACUGGGGAAACCACAGUCAGGAUCUCCAUGGCUAUCCAACAGAUCAGGAAUUGGAUGAAAUACCUGUCACAAAGAGAACAUUAAAAAUAAAACAAGAGUCUUCUGAAGAAGCACAGAAGAGAGACAUCAUGCAAAAUAUUGUACAGAUUUUGGAAUCAGUACAAUUGAAAUGGGAACUGUUUCAGAGCUGGACAGACUUUUCAAGGCUUCAUCUUUCUAAUAAACUGGCCAUUUUUGGAAUUGGUUAUAACACCCGUUGGAAAGAGGAUAUCCGUUACCAUUAUGCUGAGAUCAGCUCCCAGGUGCCCCUGGGCAAGCGACUCCGGGAGUACUUCAACUCCGAGAAGCCCGAGGGACGGAUCAUUAUGACCCGCGUGCAGAAAAUGAACUGGAAAAAUGUUUACUACAAAUUUUUAGAGAUCACCAUUAGUGAAGCUCGGUGCCUGGAGCUGCACAUGGAAAUUGACUGGAUACCCAUCGCCCAUUCCAAACCAACUGGUGGGAACGUUGUUCAAUAUUUAUUACCAGGAGGCAUUCCCAAAAGUCCAGGCCUUUAUGCCAUUGGUUAUGAAGAAUGUAUUGAGAGGCCCCCCUCACCCCACAUGGAGCGACGUUCCCUAGACCCAGGAAAGGAGGGCCGGGUUGACUUGGAGACCCUGUCAGCACAAGCCUCAUUACAGGUGGAAAUCGAACCCACCCGAAUAAUCUAUUGCUACCUCGGGAUUGCUGAGGUCAGGACUCUCCAGCAAUGCUUAUUUUUACAUUUCCAAGCAAAUACCAAAACCUUCAGCAAAGAUUGGGUUGGUAUUAAUGGGUUUUUGUCUCAGAACUGUAUUGUGGAUCCUGGAGUUUCCCCCAAAUCCAUCUAUAUCAAAUUUGUCGAAGUAGAGAGGGAUUUUCUUUCCGCUGGCUCUUUAGUUGAGUGCCUGGAAAAAGCCAUUGGAUACCCCUUAAAAUUUAACAACUGAAUGUCAUCCUUCAUAAGGAUUUGGGCUCUUACCUCCCUCUUCUCUACUCACUUUCCAUUACUCAGACUGCCCCUCAUCCAGAUGCUGCCAUUAGACUCUUCAUGGGAAUUCUUUCCACAAUUGGGCCAGUACAACUUCUAUGGAAUCAUACUAGACUUGGGGCAGAAAAAAACAGACCUCACCUGAAAAUGCUCAUUUUGAGCAAACAAGAUAUACAGCGAACUUGCAUGGUGGGUCAACUGUUUCUUUUUUAAAAACAAAAAACAAUUUUUAAAUGGAUUUUAGAGCCCUAAUAUAAACAAAUGUAGGUACAUUCCAUAUUGGACAAACUUAUACUUUGAGUUUCAUAUGAAAUUGAAAAAUUGUAUUUUUUUCACAAUGUUUCAUUUUUACACAUCUCUAUGUCUCUAUAUAAGUGUUAUUUACGACCCUGAAUAAAUAAGCAAUAGAUAAUGGCAAGUUAAAUCUUGAGUCACCGUAAAUAAGACUGUUUUUCAAUAUCACCCUUAGCUAUAUUGUAUAUAAUUUAGAGUUUCAUUUUUUUCACCAACCAAGUGUUUUGCUAUUCCCGAUCAGUGUUGCCUGCAAAGACCUUUGUUUCUGUGAUGUACCAACUUUAUGGUUGUGUUACCAUUUAAACUUUUUAACAAAGAAAUUAUUAAAGUAAUUCUUGACCUCUUGGA